AUAGAGUGGGAAUUUGAAUCUCCAUUUUGGUGUGGUUGAAGGCAAGUAAACAAGAAAUGGCAAAGAGUCCAUGUGUGGAGUUUAUUCUUCUUGUGAUAAACCUCGUCUUCACCUUAACGAGUGUAGGAACCAUAGGUUUUGGAUUGAUUUGCUUCCUCAGGUUCAAACAAAGUUCUUCAAUGGAGAUUCUUGAUCAGAGCAACACCAAAUCCUUCAUUGCUCAUCGUAUGCUGCUUGCUAUUCAUCAUCCAUCUCAACAAUUUUAUGAUCAAUUACUGCCAAAGACUUGGUUUGUGUUCCUUUUAAUUGCUAUUGGUGCAAUCCUAUUCAUUAUCUCUUGUUGUGGAAUUAUCGGAACAACAUUGAGGAGCCGUUGUUGUUUACUUUCAUAUUGUAUAUUCUUGGUUGCACUUGUUGCAGUCGAAUUGGCAACUGCUGCUUUCAUAUUCUUUAAUAAACACGACUGGAAGGAGAUUAUGCCAGAAGACAGAAGUGGUAAUUUUCACAGAGUGUACCAAUUUCUGAAUGUCAAUUGGAAAAUCAUCAAAUGGGUAGCACUUGGAGUCCUUAUAACGCAGGUUAUUGGUAUAGUUCUAGCAGUGUAUUUGCGAAGAGUGUUGAACCGUCCAAAAUGGCAUGCCAAGAGAGAUGAUGAUAAGAAUGUUCAAUAUCUUCCUCGUGUUAGAACUAGGAUACCCAAUUACAGGAUUCUGUCACAAGAGAAUAGCAAUCCCUCAGCCACAAACAGUGCCAAUGGUGGAGGCCCAACAAGGCCCACUUAAUAAGUUAUGUUGUUUGGAAGAGGCAUGUGUAAAAUUAAAGCAUUAUUAAUUUCUGCUCAAUAAUUUCUAUGCUGGUAUAAAUUUUAUUGAUUAAAAAAAUGUUAUGGCAGGGGCAUUCAUUUAGGAUUCUAAAUUUAUUUUUUUU